UCCCCACGCAACGUCAUGGAGGAUGUGACGUCAGGACAUUUCCCACAAUCCCUCCAACUUCCUUUUCGCCAUCUUGCUGUCUGGGGAAGAUCACAAGGUGGCAGAGUAGCCAUCAUGCCUGGAAGGUUAUACAGCAAAGCCAUCUUCACUGGCUACAAGCGUGGUCUGCGUAACCAGCGGGAGCACACCGCCCUUCUGAGAAUCGAGGGGGUGACUUCCCGCAAGGACACAGAGUUCUACAUGGGCAAGAGGUGUGCCUAUGUCUACAAGGCAAAGAAGAAGACAGCUACACCCGGUGGAGCCCCCAGUAAGAUCCGUGUCAUCUGGGGCAAGGUCACCCGUCCCCAUGGCAACAGUGGAGGUGUGAGGGCCAAGUUCCGCAAAAAUCUGCCAGCAAAGGCCAUGGGACAUCGUAUCCGAGUGAUGAUGUACCCAUCAAGAGUGUAGGAAGACAGUCUGUGUAAUAAAAUCAAAACACGUAUCUACAGUA